UUUGUAACAAUCCCAAAAGUCUAAAAUGCCCUUGCUUCUGAUCUCGUUUCGUUCCCUGCCAAGGAGAGCAGUGCCCACCGAACCCGCCGGUGCAUUUUAGCAUCCGCCGCGAGCAGCUCACCUGCCCUUUAGAGAGAGAAAAUAUCCGUUAGCGACUCCGCAGAAAAAUAAAAAGCUUUUAUGCCGUUUUCGGAGAACAAAUCCGGUGGGGCCACCCCCCGUAUGUAUCAGUUCCUUAUGAUUUUUAAUUUUCUUUUAAAUAUUUCACCUUUUUAUUUAUUUAUUUAUUUACAUUUUGGGAGUAAAAACGAGGAAGCUCCGGGGCAGAGUUUGCAGAGAGAUUGAAAAACGGGUUCGAGUAUUGCCUCAUUUGAUAGCAUUGGAUUUGUUACUUGCAAUUGAAUGAUCCAUACGCGACUAAGAGAGGAAGUUGUUGGAUCUCAGAUACUAGAUUGCAUCUAUUGAAUUGUAGCAGCGUUGAAAAUGAUACCCGUUCAGUGCUCCACUUACUAGUUCAGACUAAUUUUGGUUCAGUUUCUGAGGACCGUCACUUCAUUCUGGCAUGGGCUUGGAGGAAAGAGUUGACAUACAUAACAAGCAAGGCAAAGUUAAUCAGACAUCAACUAUUUGCAAGCAUGCUUUUUCUGACCUGAAGCAUAUUACUCCGUUGGUAUUCAUAUACCUCUUGAAAGAGUGCUAUUUCCAUGGCACAUUUAAGGCAACUAAGAAGUUCCGAGUUCUUCAAGAACAGGUUCAUCUAGUACUACGCAAUGAUCCCCAACCUGGACCAGCUACUUUUUUUAUUCAGUGCCUCUAUGUCUUGCCUAUAUUUGAUUUAUACUGUGAAGGGUUCAGUCAUUUGAUUAUAUCUGCUCUUCGCCGUUUCCUAAAAUUGGAAACAUGCUCGGGGGACGCUAUGGAAGCAAAGGACCUCGCUGCCCAGUUGUUUCUCGAUAUUGUUGGGGGCUCUGUCAACCAUGAUGAGAGGAUAGUUGAGAAGAUACUUGAAGUUUAUGAUGUUCAGUUGGCAAACAUUGAUAAAGUAAUGUGCCUAAAUGCAAAGAAUAAUUGCAGAUUUGACAAUGCAAAAGAGUUUGUUGAGCAAUAUAUAUUUGGACUGAUAGAGUCUCAAUCAUAUAUGGCUGCGGUUACUUUAUUAGAGCACUUCUCUAUCUGCCAGACUGGCCAAUCGUUUCUCCAUCGUAUGAUAGAAAGCAGACAGUUGAAAGCAGCAGAUAAAUGGGCAACAUUCAUGGGAAAGCCAAUGUUAUGUAUUCUUGUCCAGGAGUACAUUGGCAGGAACAUGCUAAAAAAUGCUUAUGACAUUAUACAAAAAAACAAUCUCCGACAUGAAUUUCCCGAUGUUUACCACAAGUAUAAAGAGAGCACUAUAAAGAAACUAGCAGAAAAAGGUUGCUGGGAAGUUGCAGAAGCAAGGACAAACAGUAAUAGACAGCUUCUUGAAUAUUUGGUUUACUUAGCAAUGGAAGCUGGUUACUCAGAGAAGGUUGAUGAGCUAUGCGACCGAUACUCGCUUGAAGGUUUCUUAAAUGGAAAAGUACCUGAGGCAAGUCUUCUUGAAAAUCGUUAUUUGCAUCUCAAUGAGUUGGUAGUAGAAGGUGUUGUUUGGGUUGAUGAAGUUGAUGCCUUGCGCAAUGCAACCUCUCACUUUGAGGGAUGCAAAGUUGUGGGUCUUGAUUGCGAAUGGAAACCGAACUAUGUAAAAGGCAGCAAACCAAGCAAGGUUUCCAUCAUGCAAAUCGCAUCUGAAAAAAUGGUUUUCAUCUUAGACUUGAUCAAGUUAUUCAAUGACGUUCCUGACGUCCUGGAUGAUUGCGUAACUCGCAUUCUGCAAUCUCCUAGGAUUUUGAAACUUGGCUAUAAUUUUCAAUGUGAUAUGAAGCAGUUGGCUCAUUCGUAUGGAGAGUUAGAGUGUUUCAAACACUAUGAGAUGUUACUGGACGUCCAGAAUGUUUUCAAAGAAGCUCGCGGUGGUCUCUCUGGGCUUGCAAAGAAAUUAUUGGGAGUUGGUUUGAACAAGACAAGAAGGAAUAGCAAUUGGGAGCAACGACCUUUGACACCCAAUCAGCUGGAGUAUGCAGCUAUCGAUGCAGCUGUUCUAGUUCACAUAUUCCGCCAUGUUCGGAAUCAUUCCCAGACUGCCGAGGGGGAAAAACCCGAGUGGAAAUCCUGCAUCGUUUCCCACAUGGAUAAUAAGAAGACCAAAAAGGGGAGUCGAAAGGAGUCAUCAGAAGCUGAGACAAAGGAAGAGCAGCAGCAACUUACUUAGCCGCGUCGCAUUUUCCCUUUGCCGUUGGAUUAGGAUGUAAACACCUGUAAAUUUAUCCAUUUGGUUAAAAAAAGACGGUGUUCAAUCAAGAUGAUGGUCAAGAAUUCUAAAUAUUUUCGCAUUUGCCUAGUUUUCAAAAUUUAA